GCAACUUAUAAGCAAUGAAAGAUCGACCUAUAAGCUUGAUUUUAAAAUUGCGUUAGGUGAGGAAGGCCGGACUUAUCUGUGGCGAAGAGAAUUUAUCUACAUUAUAAAAAUAGACAAAGGGCCAUCUUCACUUUUUAAUUUUUUUUCUUUCUGUUAUCUACUCCAUUUCUCUCUAAUUAUUCUCUUCUUUUUAUAAUUGCUUAAUCCUCUCACGCAUCUCUUUAGAAAUCGGAAACAGGCGAGAUACUUGUUACUUCGACUCAAACGAUCAGAACCGAGGUUCAUGUCUGAACUCGACAUCCAAAUUCCUGCUGCCUUUGAUCCAUUCGCUGAGGCAAAUGCUGCAGAUUCAGGAGCUGGUUCCAAGGAAUAUGUGCACAUACGCACGCAACAGAGAAAUGGUAGAAAGAGCCUGACAACCGUCCAAGGUUUAAUGAAAGAGUUUAGCUAUAACAAGAUUCUCAAGGACCUUAAGAAAGAGUUUUGCUGCAAUGGUACUGUCGUCCAAGAUCCAGAACUCGGACAGGUUUUUCUUUUACGUCAUUCUUCGUGCUGUUGCCAUUUGUGGGCUUGUAAUGCAACAAAUUGUUGUAUAAAUCAGGUAAUUCAGCUGCAAGGUGAUCAAAGGAAGAACGUUUCCACCUUCCUCAUUCAGGCAGGUGUAGUAAAGAAAGAGCACAUCAAGAUUCAUGGAUUCUGAGCAACAGCGACAGAACUUACCUGUGCGUGACUGAUGCUGAUGCUAUAUUGAAGUAUUAAUACAUUCAUAUAUUAUGAACCUUUGUUGUUUCUCUAUUGUAAAUUGUUUUCAAAGCUGUUGCUUUGUCUUUGUAAUUUUGUAUCAUACUGUUAGACAUACAAGUGAUUUUCUACCAAGUUGUACAAUGAA